UGGAAACAAAAUAAGCUGUGAUGUAUCAACUGAAGGUGUACCCGGGGGUCCGGGUGAAGAUCACGGUCAAGGAGUUGCUGCGGAGGCACAGAGAGAAGGAGGCCAACAACAAGAAGCUUAAUGCGCAGAUGCAUCAGGCUUGCUUGGAACUACAGGAGCUUCGCGCGUCCACUUUCCAAAGUGGCCAUGUGGCUCCUCCUCCCUCUGUCCCCCCAGCUGAAACCAGCAGCUGCGGGUCGCUGGCCCUCCAGCUUCGAGCCACCAUCUCGUUUCCAGUCCCUGACAGCGCGUGCAACAUCCAGAUGCAGGAGUGCGGCAUCCAGGUGCAGCAGCAGCAGCAGUUUGGGGAUGUGAUGUUGCCCGGCAACGGAUACGGUGGUACCACCUACGACACCCCUCUGCCUCCUUUUCCAACCUCCCCUCAGCCUUGGUACCACGGACUGUCCUCAGAUGCGGACUACUACGGCCAGGGGAUGGCCCCUUGCUCCUCAUUGGAGUCACUGACUUUCUGCAACCCUGUGGAUCCCAACACUUAUUCCCCACAGGACUCCUUCUCUUCCUCCUCCUCCUCCUCAUGCUAUGACUCGCCCACCAGAAUGGAGUCAAGCUUCAGCCCACAGCAAUACCACUAUCAGCACUGUGGCCCCCAGGAAUAUUACAGCUUGCCACACUGUUGGUCAGGCCAGCAGGAGAGCCCCCCCACCCCAGAAUGCGCACCUUACUUUGCUCCCACAGACUAUCCCCAGGUGUAUCCUGUAGAAGACAGCUGUUUCCAGAAGGAUUUCCCGCUGAGCUCUGAGAUGUGCUACAAUGCUUUAUGAUGAGACCAUGAACAGUAUUACUUUGUAUCCUGACUGUAAAUACGAUUUGGCUCAGUGAGGUUGUUUGCUUUGCAUUUCACUUGGUCUGCUUUACUUUAAUCAAUUCAUUUGUAAUAAAAACUAAAUGAUAUAUUUUCAUACGCUAAUGUUUUGCUGCACAAAAUAAAAAUGUGUAAAAGUCA